CGAGAUACCAUGUUUUAGGGGGUCUUUAAUUUUUCAAAUGCAGUUAUUUGUCAUAUUAUUUCUAUAUCAGACAUUUAGCAGGUGUUUCUCUCCAGAGCAACUGGGCUGCGACGCUUGUUUGAUGGAUGUCAACGAAGUAAAGCUGUGGAGGGAAUCGCUUGAGGGGGAAGCGGGGAGGUGGGCUAAGCGUUGACUGGAAUGCAUGGACAAGAAGAUUCUACCCGGCGCUGGUGGGAAAGCAGGUCACCUCUGUGUCCCUGUGGACAGCUGGGGACCCUGGGCUCAGGGCUGCCGGGGUGCUGGGAAAAUGUAAGGGAAGAAAGGGUGGGCGUGGGACAGCGUGCCCUGGCAGGAGGGCAUCCUGCUGUUGGUUGCUACACAACAGGGCCCAUCGACUGGUGCAGGACACAGAUGGACCACACACGUGAUCUAGACUCUCAGUGUGACUCAACACCAAGCUCUUCCUGCCUUCACACAUACACAGCAUGUGAAGGUGGUCAUAACUGCACCUCCCAGAGUCGGCAUUGCAGUUGGGGACCUUCCCUUGCUCUGAUCCAAACAGACAUCCCAGGUCCCUUCAACUACACGGCGCCGGAGGGUCCUGAUCCGUGGGCAGUCGGCGGGCCCUCAGUCCAUCGGCCUGUAACAGCCCUAGGAACAGAUGGCGGCGACUCAUCACAGUAUCUCAUUGGCUGUUGUCACCAAUUGGAUCCGUGCACCGAGUCCCAGGGUUGUGUGUGUGUUUAUGGGCAGGGCAGAACAGGGAGAUUGAGUCACUGCUGGGGCGUACCCCCACUCUAUUAUGAUGGAGGGAGCAGGGCCAUGAUAGUUGGGAUAGAGGUGGACAUAGUAGAAGAGGUAGCCAUUGAAAACACUGAGAUGCUUGAAGUUAUAUCGGAUGGAUCAUUCACACAAGAUCUACUGAAUGUUGUGAUGCAUGAUGGCCAUUUGCUCCCAAUGUGAGCAAAAACUAACAUUGAAGGCUUUUUUUUCACAAACUAGUCUCGAUUUGUGUUUGUGGUCUAUAUUUUGUAAU